GCCCCCAUCCCGAUUUUCUCCAAGCACGUGGAUUUCGGAGUUGCAGCUCAAUGGAGCUCCUCGAACACGAUGUGAUGCCCCUUGUUGCUCCGGGGUUGCUGGCCCUGGACACAGGCACCCUGGAGGCCCUUCUGCAGGGAUCCAUGAUGACCGCCCCUGCAUGCUCCGGGCGGCUGCCCCUGGCCCUCAAGCGCCCUGGAGGCCUUCUUCCUGGUCUCCGCGCCUGCGGCAGCCUCGCGUCGACGUGCCAGGCCCCGCGUCCGUUUGCUGGCCCGCGUGCCUGUUUGCUGCUGCGGAUGACUUCGCACCUCCUUUUUGCUUUAUGUGAGCAUGUGUGCCCUUGCCCUCCCCUGUCCCAACAACUCGUUUUUCGCUUUUGUUUUUUCUUCGUUUAUUGGGGCACAUAG